AUGGCUGAAUAUGAAGCCGCCAUUUUACCUAACGAAUAUCAUCCUUCUGUUUCAACAAUCUGGGGAGAAUACGGCCCUCCGCCGCCUAAACCAGCGCAUGGCAGGAUCCGAACCGAUUACAGUAAAUUCAUGAUGGAAUAUGCAACUUACGAUAGACAGAAUCAUCCUCUUCCUUCACAUCAAACGGACAGAUUUCCUUUUGGUUGCGGUCACCAUAUUGUCUGUGCGGACGAACAAGAAGUAAAUACAUUUUUACAUCCCCAAUUUCAAGAUGGCUGCCAAAACGAGACGAGCAUUAUUCGAAGAAGAGGAAGCUCUAACCGAAAAAAGAACGUCCAUUUUCGGCAAUCACGUGACGUUACUUAUUACCCGGAAUUGUAUCAAGCAGAAAAAGUUCACUCGGAGAGCCAAACACCGUCUUUACUUCCUCAAGUCAUUUGCCAUGCACAAACGGAUUCGCUUUCACCGGAAACAGAUCCCUUUAGAGGAAAGAGUGAGAAUGUUCAUCAAUCCAACAAUAUGAUAGUCGCAUCAUAUGACGACGGACUGUUGGACGAUUCUGGCCAGGUAGGAAGUGACCACUGGCGUUAUCAGCAAAGUCAGAUUAAUAAAGCAGCCGGCGCUGAUCGUGAAAGACAUAAUCAACAAUUCUCUUCUCCCUUUGAAGAGGAACAUUUUAAACGAAAUUUAGAAUUUAAUAUGCAGUCUAGCGAAAAGGUGGACACAAUGAAAGGCGAAUGGACAGUUUACCAAAGAUACGGAGAAAUAGAGCAAGAACCAUCGAAGUGUAUUGACCGUCAGUCAUCUGUCAAGUUUUCGGAAUCUAAAGUGGUGGUGUCUAGCAACGAACUAAAAGUAUCUGCCAUUGGUCCCGUCUAUUUGAUUAACCGGAACAGCGCAAAACGGUCUUCCGGAACUUUCAUAUCGCUCAUUGGACGCUUACCCGUGGACCAUUCUAAGCGAAAAGAUUCUAAAAUUGUCCACUGCACCUUUGCUAAAGAGGCUGCGACACCUUGCACUUUUUCACUGUUUUCUUUUCGUCACUUCCUUCCCACACUUUCUUUCUCUCCUUUCCUUUCCACUUCUCCCUUCCGACAUAUUCCUUCUCGUCCCAUCUUUCCCACACUUUCUUUCUACCUUUUCCUUUCCACUACCUCCUACCGACCCAUUCCCUCUCGCAUCUUCCUUCCCACUCAUUCUUCCUAUCAUUUUCUUUCCACUUUCAACCUAUUCCUUCUCUCCUCUCCCUUUCAACUAUUUCAUUGUACAUUUUCCUCUCCAAUUCCACUUUCCGACCAAAUCCUUCUCGCUUCUUCCUUCCCACUGUUUCUUUCUAACUUUUCCUUUCCACUUCCUCCUUACGUUCUAUUUAUUCUGGCCGCUUCCUUCCCUCUCUAUCUUUCUACAUUUUCCUUUCCACGUCCUUCUCCCGACCUGUUUCUUCUCGCCUCUUCCUUCUAUUUCUUUCUAACUUUUCUUUUCCACUUCCUCCUCGCCUCUACGUUCCUACUCUCUCUCUACUUUUUCCAUACCACUUCCACCUUCCGACCUAUUCCUUCUCGCCUGUUCCUACUCCUUUUUUCCUUCUAUCUUUUCCUUUCCGCUUCCUUCUUCCUACUUAUUCCUUCUCACCUCUUCGUUCCCACUCUUUCUUUUUACCUUUUCCACUUCCACCUUCCGACCUAUUCCUUCUCGCCUGUUCCUACUCCCUUUUUCCUUCUAUCUUUUCCUUUCCGCUUCCUUCUUCCUACUUAUUCUUUCUCCCUCUUCGUUCCCUUCCUACUUAUUCUUUCUUUUCGUUCCCCACCUUUUUUUACCUUUUCCACUUCCACCUUCCGACCUAUUCCUUCUCGCCUGUUCCUACUCCCUUUUUCCUUCUAUCUUUUCCUUUCCGCUUCCUUCUUCCUACUUAUUCCUUCUCACCUCUUCGUUCCCACUCUUUCUUUUUACUUUUCUUUUUAUUCCUUUUCCACUUCCUUCUACCUUCCUUCCUUCUUCCUAUUCCUUCUCACCUCUUCGCCACUUCCUUUCCUACUUCUUUCUACCUUUUCCUUUCGACUUCCUCCUUCUGACAUAUUCGUUAUCGCCUCUUCCUUCCCACACUUUCUUUCUGCCUUUUAUUUUCUACUACUUUCUUCCGACCUUUUCCUUCUCGCUAGUUCCUACCACUCUUCCUUUAUAUCUUUUCCCUCCCACUCCCUCUUUCCGGCCUAUUCCAUUUCGCCACUCCCUACCCACUCUUUCUUUCUAUCUUUUCCUUUUCACUUCUUUCUUCCUAAGCUGUUCCUUCUUGCCUCUUUCUUACCACUCUUUCCUCCUACCUUUUCCUUUUCCACUUCCUACUUCCAACCUAUUCACUAUCGCCUCUUCCUACGCACUCUUUCUUUAUACCUUUUCCUUUCCACGGCCUCCUUCAGACCUAUUCAUUCUCGCCUCUUCCUACGCACUCUUUCUUUCUACCUUUUCUUGGACACUUCCUCCUUCCAAUCUAUUUCUUCUCGUCUCUUCCUACACAAUCUUUCUUUCUAUCUUUUCCUUCCACUUCCUCCUUCCGACUUAUUCCUCCUCGCUUCUUCCUCCCUUCUCUUACGUUCUAUCUUUUCCUUCCACUUCCUCCUUCCGAGCUAUUCAUUCUCGCCUCUUCCUUCCCACUUAUUCUUUGUAUCUUUUCCUUUCCACUUACGCCUUCUAACUUGUUCCAUCUGCCUCUUCGUUCCCACUGUUUCUUUCUACAUUUUCCAUUACACUUCCUUCUCACGACCUGUUCGUUCUCACGUCUUCGUUCCCACACUUUCCUUCUACCUUUUCCUUUCCACUUCCUCCUUCCGACCUAUUCUUUCUCGCCUCUUCCUUCUGAUUCUUUCUUUUUAUCUUUGCCUUUCCACUUCCUCCUUCCAACCUAUUCCUUCUCGCCUAUUCCUUCCCACUUUUUCUUUGUAUCUUUUCCUUUCUCCUUCCUCCUUCCGACCUGUUUCAUCUCACCUCUUCGUUCCCACUGUUUCUUUCUAUCUUUUCCUUUCCACUUCCUCAUUCCGACCUAUUCCUUCUUGCGUGUUCCUUCCCACUUAUUCUUUCUACCUUUUCGUUUCUACUUUCUUCUUCCGACCGAUUCCUGCUAUCCUUUUCCUUCCCACUGUUUCUUUCUACCUUUUCCUUUCCACUUCAUACUUUCGACCUAUUCCUUCUGACCUCUCCCUUCCCACUCCUUCUUUAUUCUUGCCUUUUACUUCUGCUUCCGUCCGUUUUUUUUCUUUUUCGCCUCUUUCUCCGCGUUUCUUCUUUCCUACUUCCAUUUCCUUGAAGCCUGUUCAUUUCCACUUUUUCCUUCCGCCUUCUUUCUUCCUACUUUUUUCUUUUUGCCUCUGCUUCCCAAUUUCCUUCCCGCCUCUAACUUCCUUCUUUUCCCCUUCUAGAUUCUGUUUUCUCUCCUCUUCAAUCACGUUUUUUCUCAUCCACCGUCUUCUGUCCAAGUUUUUCUUUUCAGCUUCUUUGUUCCCGCCUCUUUCCUUCUUCUUCUUUUUACAUUCUCUCUUUUCAUAUUCUCCUUUCAGAUUCUAUGUUCACGUUUCUUUCUUCGAAUUAUUUUUAUUCUCGUCUUUCCUUUUCUGUUUUUACUUUCCCUGUUAUUUCUUAUUAUUAUUACUUAAUGCUUGUCAAUUGCAGCUUCUAUCAUGCAUCUCGCUUAUCUCCCCUUCCAAUUAUCCAUGA